GCUAGGUUUGGAGGUGAAGGUUAGGGGAUAGAUUAUACAGUGUUACUAUAUGUGUGUAUGAGUGGUUUUGCCAUGCACAUGAGACCACACCUCCAUGCACUGAUCAGCAUGAUGUGGUCCUCACCUCCCACUACAAGAAGCAGCUUUAUAAAUCAAGGAGUCUUGUGUACACCCUCAACCAGGGACGCAGAUCACAGCAGUGAAAAGGUUCAAGGAGAUCAUCCAAAGGGGGGCUGAAGUUAAUCUUAUAUGUGAAUUGAUUAUGAUGCUGAACGCAAUCUUUUUCUGCUGGGUUAUAAUGAAUGUCAUGGUGUUGGCAUCACAUCCAAACCUGAGGCGAAGUCAAAGCUCUGUUGUCUUUUCUGAUACAGACUUACUAUCUGAAUUGGAUCCAGAGCAAUUUGAAAUGAACUCAGCAGAAGACAAAAUAAUAGAAGUACUUGGCUUCUAUGAUGAGGAUGGCGGUAAAGCUGUACAGCUGCAGAGAAGAGGCACUCGCUCCCCCAGCCGCUGUAUCUCACAUCAGCAGUCCUGCCUGGGACACCACCUCCCCUGCUGUAACCCCUGCGAUACGUGUUACUGUCGCUUCUUUAAGGCUUUCUGUUACUGCCGCAGCAUGGACCACACCUGCAAACAUGAACAUGCAUAGAGCCCAGCAUAUCCCUGAACUGUGUCCAUUUAUAGUGUAUACUACCAAAGAAUGUUUACAUGGAUAGUAAAAAAAUACUGCCUAAACAGCUUUAUACUAUCCACAAAGAGGUUUGUUACUAUAGAAAACAUGUGUGACCCUGGACAACAAAACCAGUCUUAAUGGUCAAUUUUUCAAAUUUUACAUCACAUGAAAGCUGAAUAAAUAUGCUUUCUAUUGAUGUAUGGUUUAUUAGCAUAGGGUUAAAUGUGGCGUAGAUACAACUGUUAAAAAUUCUGGAAUCUAUGGGAGCAAAAAAACAAAAUAUUGAGAAAAUUGCCUAUGAAGUCGUUAAUCAGAGGCACUGUAGCAGGCCAUCCACUCACAAUUUUUUUAUACAUUAACUGAAGGACAUUUACAAAAUAUCUGCAGGUAACAUGAUCUUUACUUAAUAUCCUAAUGAUUUUGGGCAUAAAAGAAAAAUCUAUAAUUUUGACCCAUAGACGUAUUUUUGGCUACUACUAAAAAAGUUCCCAUGCUACUUAAGACUGUUUUAUGAGGUCCAGGGUCACAUGCUGUAUAUUAUAAAAUAUAUAUAAGGUGCCCAAUGCUUAGAAGAAAGUGCAUUGCAUCUUUUU